AUGGCUGACAAGGGACUCGAGGAGGUUCCCGAGAGCCAAAUCGAGUCGAACUACGAUGAGGUCACCGAUUCCUUCGAUGCGAUGAGCCUGAAGCCCGAGCUUCUUCGCGGCGUCUAUGCGUAUGGUUUCGAGCGCCCAUCUGCCAUUCAGCAGCGUGCUAUCAUGCCUGUGAUCAAGGGCUCGGAUGUCAUUGCUCAGGCUCAGUCCGGUACCGGCAAGACCGCUACUUUCUCCAUCUCCGCACUGCAGAAGAUCGACCAGAAUCUCAAGGCUUGCCAGGCCCUGAUCCUUGCUCCCACUCGUGAGCUUGCACAGCAGAUCCAGAAGGUCGUUGUGGCUAUCGGCGACUUCAUGAACGUGGAGUGCCAUGCCUGCAUUGGUGGCACCAACGUUCGUGACGACAUGAAGGCCCUUCAGGACGGUCCUCAAGUCGUUGUUGGAACUCCCGGCCGUGUCCAAGACAUGAUCCAGCGUCGCGUCCUCAAGACCGACAACAUCAAGAUGUUCAUCCUCGAUGAGGCUGAUGAGAUGCUGUCCCGUGGUUUCACAGAGCAGAUCUACGAUAUCUUCCAGCUCCUUCCUCAGUCGACUCAGGUCGUUCUGCUCUCCGCCACCAUGCCCCAAGAUGUUCUUGAGGUCACCACCAAGUUCAUGCGCGACCCCGUCCGUAUCUUGGUCAAGAAGGCCGAGCUUACUCUCGAAGGUAUCAAGCAAUUCUACAUUGCUGUCGAGAAGGAGGAGUGGAAGCUGGAUACUCUCUCCGAUCUCUAUGAGACCGUGACCAUCACCCAGGCUGUCAUCUUCUGCAACACCCGCAGAAAGGUCGACUGGCUUACCGACAAGCUCACUGCUCGCGACUUCACUGUGUCCGCCAUGCACGGUGAUAUGGAGCAGGCCCAGCGUGAUGUCAUUAUGAAGGAGUUCCGAUCUGGUUCUUCUCGUGUCCUCAUCGCCACUGAUCUCCUGGCCCGUGGUAUCGAUGUUCAGCAAGUCUCUCUUGUCAUCAACUAUGAUCUGCCCGCCAACCGCGAGAACUACAUCCACCGCAUCGGUCGUGGUGGACGUUUCGGUCGUAAGGGUGUUGCCAUCAACUUCGUCACUGCUGAUGACGUCCGCAUGAUGCGCGAGAUCGAGCAGUUCUACAGCACUCAGAUCGAGGAGAUGCCAAUGAACGUUGCCGACCUCAUCUAA